CCGGCCCUCCGGAAGCCGCCGGGAGGGCGGGGAGGACUCGCUGCGGGCAAAGCACGGCGGGGAGCGGUGCGGAGCCGCCUCGGGGUCUGCGCUGCAGCGACGGUGGGGAGCGGCGAGUGGGUCUGAAACGGGGUUUGGAAAAGCAGCAGGAAGAAAGGCCGAAACGCAAGCACGAUUCUCUGCCAGCCGUGGGGCGAGGAGAGAUUUAAGAAGGCCGUCCUCGCACAGCGCUCUGUCUGCUCGGCAGAGCUCACGCAAGAUCUGCUUGCGGGCCCCCCGCCCUGCUCCUGCAGACAGAGACCUCACGGGGCAGAGAUCUUCGUCUACCUCCUGCUGGUGUUCCUCACGUAAACGAACGCGUGGUUUGAACGUACAGGCCGUAUCGGAGUCACAGGACAGAGCCUUCCAAGCGCUACUGGAGAAUGGCAGGGAGAAAAGUCCUGAUAGUCUAUGCACAUCAAGAGCCCAACUCUUUUAAUGGAUCUUUGAAGACGGUCGCUGUGGAAGAACUGAGCAAACAGGGCUGCAGUGUCACAGUGUCUGACUUAUAUGCAAUGCAAUUUGAGCCACGGGCAACAAGAAAUGACAUUGUUGGUUGCUUGCACAACUCAAACGAGUUCAGUUAUGCAGUGGAGACGACAGAAGCUUACAAGAAAGGAUGUUUGUCCAAUGAUUUGAUCGAAGAGCAAAAGAAAGUGCAGGAAGCAGACUUACUGAUUUUUCAGUUUCCCUUAUACUGGUUCAGCAUGCCAGCAAUCAUGAAAGGCUGGAUGGACAGAGUCUUGGUCCAAGGAUUUGCUCACGAUUUUCCAAACUGCUAUGACUCUGGUUUGCUCAAGAACAAGUUAGCUAUGUUUUCUUUCACUACUGGAGGAACUGAGGAGAUGUAUGUAAAAGGAAGCAUGAGUGGUGACAUCCGCUAUAUCCUGUGGCCCAUGCAGCAUGGCAUCAUGCACUUCUGUGGUGUCAAAGUCCUCGAGCCUCACAUCUGCUUUGCUCCAGAAUACGUCUCUGAGGAGAAAAGGAAGGAGAUGCUUAGUGCCUGGGCACAGCGACUGAAGACACUUUGGAAGGAAGAACCCAUCAACUGCACUCCUGAGUGGUAUUUUAGUUAAUAUUCAAGCACAAGACUACAGAUAUUUUUUCUAUUCUUUUUGGUACUUUAUCUCAAUAUCAGAAUGUUAGCUUCAGAAUUCACAUUCAUUAUAGUUAUCUUGAAUACUACAGUUGGCAGCUUAGCUGUCAAUAAAGUAUUUGCCUUUAUUGAUUUCUGAAGAAUUCUCUUCAAUGAUGGAUGCACAGCUCUUUGUGAAGAACUAUCCUUGCCAUAUAAACAGUGACUUUCUGCCUGCAUGUGGUUAGUAACACAAGAGUUGCAAAUUAUACCAUUACUGCUUAUGAAACAGUAAAGUACGUCAUCAAUUUUA